CAAUGACAAUUGACAGCUGUCACAAGGCUCAUCCCAAAUUUUACAAAGUAUAAACUGAAGUUAACUUAGGUCUUAGGUUUUUCCAUAUAUGUGUUAUAAUUUUAUUUGUACUUUGUAGUAAAAAAACAAAACAUUGAACCCUUGGUUCUGUUUAUACAGGCUCUAUGUAUAAGUUUUAUAAUAUUGCUUAAUUCUAAAGAUACUGAACGUUUCUGCCUUUUCUGCUGUUGUUUGUUGAUGCUGUUGUUUCUGCUGUUGUUUGUAUUUCAUGAUGGAUAUCAAACAACUAGCAACCGAAAAACAACUAAUUAAGUCAGAUUUAGAUGGUGUAAUGGACUCGUGCAGAGUGUGUAUGUCCCUAGGAGCCGAUAUGAGUAGUUUAUUCGACACUGAACAUAUAAAUGUUAUUGACAGAAUAGAAUUUUGUACUGGUAUUCUGCUCAAACAAGACGAUUGUCUGCCUUCAAAAAUUUGCAAUGUUUGCCUUAGUAAUUUAUCUAUAGCUUAUGAAUUCAAAAUGUCUUGUUUAUUGGCCAACAAUGUGUUCAGAAAGUUUGUGACACCAGUUAUAAAAAGCGAAGCACCUGAUGAUGAUAGAAAGGAAUCUUACAAAGAGGCGAGCAUGGAAGUUGAUGAUCAUUUAAGUGCCAGUAAUGAGUGUGAUGACACUAAUGUUGGGUGUCAGGAUGAACUGUCAGCAGUGCAUGAUGAAAAGGGCUUGAAAGGCUCAAUAAUAAGAGACAUUAGUGUUACAGACACUGAAAAACGAGUUGUGCGAAAAAAACGUGGCCCAUAUAAGAAGUCCAAGGUGGUAAAGAAAAAGAAAUUAAAGCCUGUAAAGAAGGUGCAGUUAGACCGGCUGAGCUGUAGCAGUUGCAAGCUGAAGUUUGAAAACAAAGAACAAGUCAUCAUGCACAAAAAGGAUUACCACAGAGAUACCGAGUGUUGGGUUUGUGAGAUCUGCGGCAAGGUGCUGACUCACCGCGCGUCACAUUACUCGCACGUACGAUCGCACGCGCCGCCGCAGUACGCAUGCGCACAGUGCGACUACAAGACUUGGUACAAGCAUGACCUCAUCAAACACGUACGCCGCCACGACGGUAUUAAAUUGUUCCAAUGCGAGUAUUGCACGGCAUCGUACUACACCUCGUCGAACCUGAUCAACCACACGCGCCGAGUACACGAGGGGGAGAAACGGUACCAGUGCACCAUCUGCGAGAAACGGUUCUACGACCGCACCAAGCUCAACCGCCACACAGACUCCCACAACGAGAUCAGGCGGAUAGCGAGCGCUGCGGAAUACCAAACAAUACUUUGUAAUUCAAGGUGUUGGAUGGUGUUUUUACUGUUUAUGGGCGGUCGUAUCGCUUACCAUCAGGCGAACGGCAAGCUCGUCUCGUCAUUCAAAGUAAUAAAAGAAUUACAUUGGUGAGAAAUAUCAUGUUAUAGACCUAUUGUUCCCUUUCUGACGUAAACAGUAAAAUGUUAUCUAAUUAGUUAGUGUGUGACUGACAGAUCUCUGAAUUUUAAAAUCGAUUAUUAUAUCGAUCCCCUGUCUAUGGGAGUUCGAUCUCUAUCUUAUCCAACUGCCCGGAUUAGAUUUGAAAACAAUCGUAUCGCGCGAAAUCUAUUUUUUUUUUUAUAUUUUCGAGUAUCCGCUCAGCACGCUGCAGUACGUUUCUAAUGUAAACAAUUUAAGAGUAACUAUAGCAGGCGAAUUUAUGCGAGUCAACGCUGGGCGUCGGGUGUACACAGUAGUGUAGUCUAGGUAUCUCCCGCCCCGGGACCUACUAAACAUUUGCUACCCCCUCUAUUAAUAUAGUUCCUAAAAUUUAAAAAACUAAUUUUUAAUGUUAUGGGACAUUAACAAAUUUUAUACUUAAAAAGUAGCUGCGUCCAUUCUAUGUUCCCCUCCCCAAUCUACAUCUUAAUGAUUUAUGUUUACGAAUUUAAAACAUUGAAAAAAACUGUUUACCGCAUUUUAUCAUGUUUUUUUAUAUUAUUAAUUUCUACCGUUUCGAAGACUGCAGCCUUUGUGGGUUCAGCAAGCCUUCACUACGGACUAUCCUAUCGUUGCUAUAUUGUACAUAUAAAGGGACAUAUAUUAUCAGUCUUACUCAUAAACUUG